AUGUCCUUCAUUCCCGCCUUGCUGGCACUCCUCUUUUGGGCCUCGGCCACGGCUCUCCAAGUGACUCCCAACUCGCCGUGUGCUCAGUUUUGCCAUGGUGCUCCCGAUUCAAAGUCGAAUAAGACCCAUGGCGAUGAGAUUGUCUGUAACGACGAUGACUUCAAGAGACAGGUCGAGGGCCAAAAGUUCCAAAGAUGCCUGGCCUGCUUACAGGACAGCACCUUUGAACAGGGUGAUGAGAAUGACCAAGACUGGUUCUUGUACAACAUGCGAUACUCUUUCGACUAUUGUAUCUUUGGCUAUCCAAACGCAACCGGAAUCUCAUCAGGCCCGUGUGUCACAUCGGAGGCAUGUGGACCUAUCGAAGAUGCUUUGAAGGAGGGCAUUACCGAGCCCAAAGACAGAAAAAAGUAUGGUUAUUGUGACACUGAUGGCAAAGCCAUGCUCGGCGAUUCAAUCGCUAAGUGCCAGGCUUGCGUGAAGGCAGAUAGCAGCCAAACCAUUAUAUCAAACUCUGGAUGCCAACAACGUCCUAAUCCCGGCACCACGCUCGGGCUCAAUGACACUGUCUUCAGUGACAGGUCCAUCUCGAUUCUCGACCCUUCUGCGUCACUUGCCCCUGGAGAUGAUCAUGAGCUCCCCAACACUUCGAUUGCUGCUAUUGCAGUUGGGGCAGUUGCUUUCCUCCUCAUCACUGCAGGCUGUAUCUUUAUGCAACAUCGCAAGCGCAAGAAGCUUUCUGUCCGCGAUCGACGCUCUUCUCUUUCUUUCCGCUGCCAGGCACGUCUCACGCCACGAACACCUGGCUUCCAUGAUCUGCCCCCAUAUAUGGAUGAGGAGCGGAACAUUUCGAAGUCUUCGCUCUGGAGCCCAAGCAAUGUUACGAGGAGCCCAAAAGAAGGUCACAAACUCGGUAUUGUCACCACCAUUGUCACAAUCCCUCACCCGGCGCCUACAAAAGCCCCGUUACAUACCCCUUGCCGCGAGGACUCAUCCCCAGCAGAAAGCGUCUCGAGCUGCUGUAAUGCUGCUCUUCUAUCCAAUGGGACAGUGCAGCAAUGUAAUACUCCAUGUGUCGCAUCACCACUUUUUAGUCCCGGUCUUUCUAUUACAACACCCCGUUCCGGAACCUUUCCACGCGAUUGUCACGACAGCAACAAUCCCUGGGCGCAGCAACCAUCAAGUGCUACUUCUAAAGGUUUCUUGAGAAAGAAGCAGUCAAGAGACUCUCAAGCACCAAGCGAGACACGUAACAUUCGAAUUGUGUUUGAUCCACCACCCAAAAAGCCCAGAAAAGGUUGA